CCCAGCAUCUCAGCCCGCUCCACCUCUUCAAGCAGGCCCAUCAUCUCUGAGCAAGCUCCACGAUGAGUAGCUAUUCAAUCAGGCAGAUGUCCUCAGCCGUACGCUCCUCUAAUUCAGGAGGCUUUGGCUCAGGCCUGAGUCAGAGGUAUGCUUCCAGCGUCUACGGUGGCUCAGGUGGCAGAGGAACCAGAGUCUCUGCUUCCUCUGCUUCCUAUGGGGCUGGAGGUGGUCUCGGUUCGGCCUUUUCUUUCGGCUCUGGUGGCGGUACAGGCGGGGGUUCAGACUUCCAAGUCGGAGCCAACGAGAAGGCCACCAUGCAGAACCUGAACGACCGUCUGGCCACAUACCUGGACAAGGUGCGCACCCUGGAGAAGGCCAACGCUGAUCUUGAGCUCAAGAUCCGAAACUUCCUGGAUAGCAAGGCUGGCCCCAGCCGCCGCGACUACUCAAAGUACUACACCAUCAUCGCAGACCUGCAGGGAAAGCUCCUGGAUGCGUUCCGCGUAGGAGGAAGCCUUCAUAUUUCUAUAGACAACGCCAAGCUGGCCACAGAUGACUUCAGAAGCAAGUAUGAGUCCGAGCUCGCCAUGCGCCAGUCAGUGGAGGCAGACAUCAGUGAACUGCGGCGAGUGCUUGACCAGCUGACCCUUGUCCGGUCCGACUUGGAGCUCCAGAUUGAAGGCCUCAGAGACGAGCUGGCCUUCCUCAAGAAGAACCACGAGGAGGCGAUGAUGGCAACGAGGUCUCAAGUCUCUGGCCAGAUCAACGUAGAGGUGGACGCUAAGCCACAGCCGGACUUGAAUGUCAUCAUUGCUGAGAUGCGUGAGCAGUAUGAGUCUGUGGCUAAUAAAAACAAGAAGGAACUUCAAGACUGGUUUGACAAAAAGUCAGAGGGGCUGAAGGCAGAGAUGAAAGAGAAAGAAGAAAUUAUUUCAACAUCAAAGACCGAAGUCACUGACCUGAGUCGAUCACUUCAAAGCCUGGAAAUAGAGCUGCAGUCUCAACUCAGUUUGAAAGCUGCAAUUGAGCAGUCAUUGCGUGAGAAGGAAACUGAAUACUCCAAUAAACUCCAUAACCUCCAGGAGAGGGUAUUAAUGCUAGAGGGGGAAUUACAAAUGGUGCGCUCCGACACGGAAGGCCAACGCCAAGAAUACCAGAUCUUAUUAGACAUCAAGACCAGGCUGGAGAUGGAGAUCGCAGAAUACAGGAGGCUGCUGGACGGAGAGGCCACAACCACCUCUACCUCCUCCUCCUCCACCUCCUCCUCGUCCAAAACCACAAAAUACAUAGUGGUCACCGAGGAGGUCAAGGAUGGAAAGGUUGUCACCACCUCCUCCUCUGAGGUUUCCUCUUAAGGAAAAGAUGGAAGGGCGA